AUGUCCAAAGAUUUGGAAAAAGAUUCACCUAGUGGCACCACACCUACGACUUCAGUUUCACCUCUAGAGUCAAAAAAGAAUGAGAAGACUCUACCAAAUUAUCUCAGAGCUACUAGAGGCUCGUGCCAUGAUUUUUGCAAGUAUGGACACAAAAAUCCUUCUGGAGAGGAGCCGGGUUUUUCAGGAGGAAGAAGAAAGAAACUUCCUGCUCAUCUGAAUAAUUUGACACUACACAGAUCAGCUAUCUUGGAUAGGUCCAAGGAUGUCUUCUCGCUACCGGAUAGGUCCAAGGAUGUCAAAAAUAGGAGUAUUUCACUAGCUAAGUCGAGCAUAUCUCUGGGUGAAGCGGAACGGUUUGCACCCAAGAAAACAUCAGCAAACCGAAAAGGUGUUCCAUCCAGUGAGCAUAUGGUUCCCAGGACAGCUACACCAUCUCAACAUAAAUCUCUGAACUCUGAUGGAAGAAAGAUGCAUUCAAUUGUUGCACAGAAGGCUCCAACAAAUCUAAGGCGUUCAAAUGGAGUUCCAAAAAUUGAUAAAAAAGAAACAAUGCCAGCCAAGGGGGCCAUAUUUCCUGCCAAAUCAAAGUUUCCAGAGAAGACCUUGCUGGAGAAACCUAGAAAUGUGGAUAGAGUCACAAUGGCUCAUCAAUCAUUGCACAAUAGGCCAGCUUAUUCUCCCACUAAGCUCAACAUGGUUAAACAGGGGCCUGUUGCAUCUCAGGCUUCUAGCAAGCAUCUACUUUCAAAACGUAAAAAUACUCCGGAGGGACCUGUUGCAGCAAAUAUUACUAGAAUGCAUGCUAAAGCUGGACAAAGUCCUAAAAGGUCAAGCAAUUCAAAUAUAAAUGGGAAGGAAGGCUCAGAUAUGCCCAGAUCAUCCCUCUCUUUGGAACCCAAGCUGACUGCUUCUGUGGAAGUACAGAUAGAUGAUCCACAAAUUACAGGGUAUUAUAUCGAUUCAACAUUGGCUGAACUCUCUCCAGCUAUUACAGAAUAUGUAGACAAUUCUCCAGCACCAGAAGAAACAAGUAAAUCCAUUUCAGAGGACGAUGGGGUGGGAAGAACUGAAAAGAGCGAAGUAUUAGGAGGUGAAGCCCUGCUGGAAAGUACCAUCGCCCUUGAGCUGCAGCAAUCAUUAGAUGGAAAGAACUUCAGUGCUAUCCUAGGUGAAUCUGAUCUAGAACAUAAACUACCUGAGCAUAAUAUUGUUCAUAAUGAAGCUUCAACAGAUUGUGAUGGCCAAACAGAUUAUGCAGCUCUUUGUCAAUUACCAGAACAAGUAACAACUGUGGAAAAUGCAGAUGUGUAUGAUUUUAUAUCAACUCAAAGUAAUUCAAAAAUUGAGGAUGAUCAAGUUGAAGUCAAUGCGUCUGUGGAGUCUCUAAUCUCUGAAGGUAAGAAAGAAAUGGAAGUUCAUGAAGAUUUUGAAAGAUCUCCAGGGCUACUGGUAGUUGACAAAAAACAUAAUGAGGAGCCUGAGUCUUGUCUUGAUCUUGCUUCCGGAAAUGCAGCAGAGAAUGAUACGGCUGGUAAAGUUUUUGACAGUAGGAUGAACAACAGUGCUUCUCACUGCCAAUCAAUUUCAGAAACUUCAUCAGAUGGCGGACUUCUUGAGGAGCCUAAGUCCAUGCUAAUUGAACCAAGUGUUUUUGCUGGUGAUGAGUUAGCAAGUAUCAGUAAUGAAAAUACCUCUGAACAGGACGGACUGAAAUCAAGGAUAUUUAUUCCUCGUCAGUCACCAGAAGAACUAUCGGAUAAUGAAUUUUAUGAAGAGUAUGAUUUUAAAUUAAGUGAAUCAGAUGAAUCUGGUACAGAGGAUGAGGAGACAACAAUCAACAAAAAUAGGGAUGAAUCUCUGAAGUCUGGUGGCCAAAGAUCAAGAAGAACAUCAACACUUGAAUUGGAUGAUGCUAGUCUCACACCCUAUAAAUUGAAGUUUAAGAGGGGUAAAAUUGUAGAACUCCCACCAGACAGCAUUGGCCCAAGGAGACUGAAAUUUAGAAGAAAGUCUGCAAAUGAAGCUUCAAAUUGUGAAAGCCCACCAGCUAGAAGGAUUUACAGAAGGAACAGCACCAGUAAUGCUGUUCCUACUGAUGUGGAAUCUCCUGGUGUGAAACUGCGACAUCAGGAUGCACAAGAGAAAAAAGAUGCACAAGGAUUGUUCAAUAAUAUAAUUGAAGAAACUGCAAGCAAGCUAGUUGAGUCCAGGAAAACCAAGGUAAAAGCAUUAGUUGGUGCUUUUGAAACAGUGAUUUCUCUCCAGGAUGGCAAACCCACAUCAUUGACAGCACAAGCUGGUAAUUCACAAGAUUUAAUUCCUGAUGAUGAGGGAAAUGCACCUGAGGAAACUGGAUAG